AUGUCUAUUGAACCAAUUGAACUCUAUCCACCACAGCCGGUUACUGUGAGAGCUCAAAGUACAAAGAUAGCUUAUGAUGCUAUUUAUGGAAGAAUUGCUUAUGCUAUGGGAAGGUCUAUUUUCGUUAGACCAAUUGAUGCCGAUAAUGCCAAAGCCCCAGCUUUCCAGUUUACUAAACAUACGAAUCCUACCACUGUAGCUGCUUUCUCUCCUAGUGGGAUGUAUAUUGCUUCAGGGGAUGAAAGUGGUCAAGUCAAAAUCUGGGAUACCUCAAUAAUUGGUGAUAAAAACCCAUUGGCUGAACAACCAUAUAUCAAAAGUGAGUUCCAAAUCUUAUCAGGUCCAAUUAAAUCGAUUUCUUGGGAUGCCGAUAAUUCAAGAAUCAUUGCUGUAGGUGAAGGGAAAGAAAAAUUUGGUCAUUGCUUUUCUUGGGAUUCAGGUAACUCUAUUGGAGAAAUUCAAGGUCAUUCAGAUGUUAUCAAUGAUGUUGAUAUUAAGGGCCAAAGACCUUACAGAGCUGCCACUGUAGGUAACGACAAGGCUUUAGUUUUUUAUACUGGUCCACCAUUUAAGUUUGACAAGAGUAUCAGAGAUUAUCAUACUAAUGUUAUCAGAGGUGUUAAAUUCUCUCCUGAUGGUAAAUACUUAAUUUCUGUUGGUUCUGACCGUUUGAUUGUGGUCUAUGAUGGUGAAACUGGAGAAUUCAUACAAAAAAUUGAAAACGCUCAUGAAGGUGGAAUUUUUGGAGUUUCUUGGUUCAAAGAUUCUUCCAAAUUUGCUACUUGUUCAGCUGAUAACAAAGUUAAAGUAUGGUCAGCUGACACCUUCGAAGUCGUUGAAACUCUCAGUAUUGGCGAAAAAGUUACUGUGGCUAAUCAAUUGGUUUCUGUGGUUGUUACUGAUAAAUCAAUCAUAAGUCUUUCAGUUAAUGGUAACUUGAAUUAUUACCAAGAUGGUAAAGUCACCACCAUUGAGGGUCACCAAUCCUCAAUCACUGCUUCCUUAAAAUUGAAUGGUAGUGUUAUUACUGGUGGAUCCAACGGGAAGUUGUUCAAAUGGGAAAUUGUCAAUGACAAAUUAUCACCUAUAGCAAAACCAAUUGGUGACGAAACAACUAGUCAUGGUAAUUAUGUUGUUGAUAUCAUUUCCGCCGAAAAACAUAUUGUUACCAUCGGUUGGGACGAUAAAUUGAAGGUAUGGGACGAAGACUCAAAAUUCAUCACCGAAGUCAAAUUGGAUUCUCAGCCUAAAAAAUUACUCUACAACAAUAGUAAUGUGACUGUUCUUUUUGAAGACAGCAUCGUAAACUAUAGUGUUGGAAGUUCUAUUGAAAAAGUUAAAGAUUCAAAGUUAUCUGCUAGUAGUAGUGAUAUCGAUUACAUUAGUGAAAAAUUAUUGACCACCAAUUUAACCGAAAAUAAAAUCGAUACCCUUGAAAAGGACUUAUCCAAGAUCACAAGUAACUUUACAGCCAUUCGUGGAACUCCUUCUAUCAUCAGAGUUUCACCUAACGAUGAAUAUGUUGCAUUGGGAGAUUCCACAGGUAAAUAUAUCAUUUACAAUGCCGAUAGUUCAGUCAAAACUACUAGAUGGAGUUAUCAAACCAGUAAAAUUUUAGAUGCAAAAUGGUCGUCAGACUCCAAUUUCUUAUUAACUGGAGGUUUAGAUAGUGGAAUAUUCAUUUAUUCCAUCAGCAAGAUUGCUAAAGUAUUGAAAUUACCCUUAGCUCAUCAAACUGGAAUUUCAAGAGUUGAAUGGUUAUCUUAUGAAGAUUUGAAGGCUACCAUUUUAACUACAGGUUUAGAUGGGUCAAUAAAGUUAUGGAAAGUUGAUUUAACAGGAUAUAUGUAA